UUUAUAAGCGGACAUCCCCGACGGUCAAACACAGACACCGUAUCGACGUUCACAAACGCACAGCACGGUCGCACCGUUAUCGUCGCGCAUUUUUGCGAGAAGUAACUUGUCUAAUCUCGAGACAGGCCGAGUUGAAGAUGCGCUCCCACAUCGUAGCCUUACUCGUGUUCGGAAUAAUGGUCGUGGCUUUGGCGUCGCCGUUACCAGGCUACAGUCAUAAACACUAUACCAUCCACGUACCUUAUCAUGUGCACACGGUCCAUCAUCAUCACGUGAAAAAAAUACACGUACCGGUACACCACGUCGAAAAAGUAGCCGUCCCAGUUCCGGUUCCGGUGCAUCACGUUGAGAAAGUUCAUGUUCCGUUCCCUGUACACCACGUAGAGAAGGUGCAUGUGCCUGUUCCGGUCGUGGAAAAAGUUCCGGUACCCAUCCCCGUACAUGAAGAGAAGGGUGGUUGGUGGUAGAGAAAACGCGUUGUCUUUGGUUUACAUCGUUUUAGAUUAUCAUAGCGGAAUGCGAGUAAACUGAAAUUAAACAAAUUCAUUUUCUAUUGCGGGAUCAUUGGUAGGAAGCAGUUUUCUCAUCGAAUAUGGAAGUGAUAAAAUUAAAAAGUACAAAAUUGCUCGAGCCGCCUAUUAAAUGUUUAAAAAUUUACUAUAAGUACCAAAUACUAUGUAUGCACGCGUGUGUACUUAGAACAAAGAUACCUGUACAUAUAUUUUCUCACGUUAUUGUCAUUAUUUUUAUACAAUAAACUUUUGAUAAAAUAUC